GAGGGAUUAAUAAACAUUGAGAACUUAUGUGAUACAAAAAUGGUUUUUUGUUAUCAGUUAAAUUUGGUUAUACAUAUCUUAUUUUUCUUCUUAUUAUUUUUUUGUCUGUCUAAUUUUCAAAGUGAAAAUACAAAGGUGCAACUAGCAAAAUAAUCAAGGAUUAUUACAUAGAGUAAAAUGACUUUGUACAUAUCAUUUGUAAGAAACAUUUUGAGGGGGUCUUAAAUUUGUAUAUUGUAAAUUUUGAAUUUUUUAUUACUAAUAAAUAGAACAAAUUUAGGCAUAGUAAUUUUAAUAGAAUUACAUAUUUAUUAUAUAAUUCUGGUAUCUUUAAUCUUAAAAUUAGUACAUGAAAGUUGGCUAGUCGUCAUACACUCAUUGGUGUUACUAAUCAAAUGAAUUCUACGAAGAGACUCUUUUUGAAAUAUGUAUUUCGAGAGAAUGGGAAACAUGUGUUACUAUACAGAAGCGAUCAUUUGCCUGAUGGAAAACUUCGUAUGCUUAGUGAAAUGCCAAAGGAUGUAAUCUUGGUGGCUGAUGUUGAUUUAGCAGUACCAGCAAAUAAAAUGGUCUUGGCAGCGAGCAGUUUAAUUUUCCGUAAAGACUAUUUAAUAGAAGCUAUGGGUUAUCAUUUACUCAAAAGAGCAGGACAGUUCUCGUCUAAAAUACCAGGGAUAAGGCCUAGAGAACCUCACGAAUUGCCAAAGUUACUAAUAAUAAUAGGGGGUAGAAAUAUAAAAACGAUUAAUGGUGUAGAGUACUUUGACUUUCGAACAAAGUUGUGGCAUAAAGCUGUGAACUUUCAAAAAGGAUUCUGCAACAGUGGUGUAACCGUUCUUGAGGGUAAGAUAUACGCAGUAGGUGGUUGUAAUUUAACUGAAGCACCGCUAAGAACCAUGCAUGUUUACGAUGUCUCCGCCGAUCAUUGGUCUGCUUGUACAGGAAUGAAAAUUAAACGAAUGAACUUCGGCGUUGUAACACUGGAUGAUUGCAUUUAUGCUGUAUGGUCUUACAUUAUCGGUGGUCGGGACCAAAAGACAAUUUAUAGUUCAGCUGAAGUCUAUAAUCCAAAAACAUGCAAGUGGACAAUAAUACCACCAAUGAAUGUAGCUCGUAGCUUCUUCACAGUGGCUGUACUGAACGGCCGCAUAUACGUUAUUGGAGGUUUUGCAGGGAAAGAUAAGCUGCCUUUAUCUAGCGUAGAAUGCUAUAAUCCGGAAACAGGGCAAUGGAUAUUUGUUGCGGAUUUGAAUAUUCGCAGACAAACUGCAAGCGCAGGUGUUCUGAAGGGAAUUUUAUAUGUCGUUGGUGGAGCUGUAGCGAUUACGAAUGUUUUAAAAAGUGUUGAAGUCUUUGAUCCAAAUACAAACAUUUGGACAUUUAUUGAAGAAAUGCCUGGGCCUCGACAUCAUGCUGGUGUGGUGUGCCUUAAUGAGGAGCUGUACGUGGUAGGAGGUAGUGAUGGUACUGUAGAUCUCAGGUCGAUAUGUGUGUACAAUCCUAAAAAACGUGCGUGGAUUAUUUAUCCAACCUAUAUGAGCAUUGGACGAAGUCAGGGAGGUGUAAUCGCCGUUGAUAUACCACAUAACUACAUAUAGCUUCUAUUAAAAAUAAAAAAACUAUAAGUAAUUAUAAAACUACGAUAUAAAAAUAUGAUAAGAAGUAGCUUAUACGUAUUUUUUGAUAUGCUAGUUCUCUGUGUAAGAAAAGGAAAAGUUAAAAUGAAUGCAUAUAAUAAAGAAACACAGCAACGAUUGAUAAGAUAAGAUUAUAUAGUUUUGUUAGCAUCUAUAUCUAUACAUCUGUUUUCUAUACAUUUCUCUAUUUCAAAUUAAAAAUAUAUAAAAGCAAAAGUUUCUAUCUAUGUUACCUCGAAA